AUGACUUCUACACCGGGAAUAUUCCCCUCCGAAGAGGGCGACGAUGAUAAUCUCGAAGUCGAGCGCAAAACGGCGCCUGGCGAGUCACAGAAGAAAGGCCGUGUCAUAACUGAAAACGACCUCAACACGCCAGGCGCGAAGAAGCGUGGCUACCCCCUGGACAAAGCGGGCUGGCGCAUCUACAGUCUCAUCUACCUCCCAGCAGCCCAUUAA